GCCACAUCCUAAACAUUUUAAGCAGCGAAGGACCGCCUACCUGUCAAUCAACCACUGCACUAAAACAACAUUUUAAAUACAUGCAUCCUUAAACGAAACUAUUCUAAUAUACCUUUUAGUCUAGGUCUUGAUAUAAACACGCCAUAAAUAUGAUAUAGUCACAAGUACGUAAAUGGGUCCUGCGAUCAGGAUGUCUUAUGUAACCUUAUACAAAAGGGGUCCAAGCAUUAUAACUCUGACUAAAUAAUUUUAUUAGUAAGUUUGUAAUGCUCGAAAUGUUAUACUAAAACUGACAGCAAUGUCCGAGUAACGAGUUUCGAAACAAUGAUGUUAGCAUUGCCCUUUUAAAGCUCCAGCCAAUACACCGAAGCACAACACCCUAAGUUAACGUUACUUGUCUGCCGCUUGCUAUUAUUUUAACGUUACACAAAAUAACACCACAAUACAGUAUUUGUCUAAACUGCAUUAGACAUAUUGUAUGUAAUGUUGCUGUCAGUGGGCAGCAAGGCCUCCUGCUCAUCCCCGCCCCCAAUGCAAUGUUGACCAAAAACCAGUAUGAACAUUCACUCAACUUAUUAGCACACACUAAACUACAGACACCCAGCUUUAUUCCUCAAAAUCUCUAACGCAACCUUACCGAUCGCGAUAAAGAGGUGUUUAAGGAGUUGAAGGGAUGUCAAAAAGUGAGACAGAGGAGAUGAUUGAAAUUGAGAUUGAUGGACAGGAGAAACAGGAGUGUCUAGAGGAGGGAGUUGAGGAGCAAACCAUUUCAGCAGCUGAACUGAUUACACAAGAUAUAGACAUCAAUGAACCGAUCGGUAACCUGAAGAAGUUACUGGAGCCUCGUCUUCAGGUCCAACUGGAUGGAUAUGACAUAUGCUUGCAAGAUAUUCUAUUACAUCCUGACCACAGCCUGUUCGAUCAAGGAGUGAAGACAGAUGGCACAGUACAGCUCAGUGUGCAGAUUGUUACGAAACAGGGGGAAGAGAAAUUAAAUAUUCUUGAGAUCGUGAAACCAGUGGAGACCGUGGAGGUUGUGAUCGAUCCAGAUGCGGCUGCAGGGGAAGAGGGCCACCUAGUAGAGGAUGGGCAGGUGAUCGCUGUGGAGCGAGCUGCCAUGGCAGAUGAGACCUCAGAACAGGUGACCCGCUGGGCAGCAGCACUGGAAGGCUACCGCAAGGAGCAGGUUCGACUGAGCAUCCCCUAUGACCCGGUGCAGUGGACAGCAGAUCAGGUGAUCCACUGGGCAGUCUGGGUGAUGAAAGAGUUUGGGAUUGAGGAAAUGGAGGUGGGAGGUAUUCAUAUUCCCGGUCGCCAGCUCUGUGCUUUCAGCCAGGAUGAGUUCCUCCAGAGAGUGCCCAGCGGAGAGAUACUGUGGAGCCACCUGGAGUUGCUACGCAAGUAUGUACUUGCGAGUCAGGAUCAGGACGCUACAGUCACCAUUGAUCAACCUAUGCAGAUCAUUCCUGCUCCUGUGCAACAGGCCACGCCCACAGCUAUUAAGGUUCUGAAGCACAACAAAACUCCCCGAGCCCCCCGUAUCUCUGGAGAGGAGCGCAGCUCUCCUGGCAACCGCACAGGUAAUAACGGCCAAAUCCAGUUGUGGCAGUUUCUCUUGGAGCUUCUUACGGAUAAAGACUCCCGGGACUGUAUUUCCUGGGUGGGAGAAGAAGGCGAGUUCAAACUCAAUCAGCCUGAGCUGGUAGCUCAAAAAUGGGGUCAGCGCAAGAACAAGCCCACCAUGAACUACGAGAAGCUAAGCAGAGCUCUCAGGUACUACUAUGAUGGCGACAUGAUCAGCAAAGUGCAGGGCAAGCGCUUUGUCUACAAGUUUGUGUGUGACCUGAGGACUCUGAUUGGAUACAGCGCGGCAGAGCUCAACAACCUGGUGACCGAGUGCGAACAGAAGAAACUAGCCCGGGUACAACUGCACGGCCUCGGCCAAUCCGUCAACACAGUCACACUGUCCACCGCCACGGGGCAGCCUGUCACAACAGUCACUUUGGCUGCAGCGUCUUUAGAGAAAGACUGUUGUUGAGGCGUGGCUUGUUGCUCCCAGCCAAUCGGGAGAAAGGGUUAAGACGGGAGGAAACCGGGUUAAAGAUUUGACUUUGGGCAGGGUGGGAGAAAGCGGGUUUGUAAGCAGAUGUGCGCUUGUGUAUGUAUGUUUGUGUGUCCUUAAAAUGCUUUGAGUGAAUGAUUGCAUGAGAGAGAAAAAGUAUAGAUGACUAUGUAUGAGCUUUCAGUUUUUGUAUGCUUGUUCUCUGACUGCAGGGUAGCAUUGACUAUAUUUCCAUUGUAUAUACUCUCUUUUUGAUAGCCACGUGGGCAGUGUAUUUUGAUAUUUUCCCUUUGUAAAAGAUCUUUUCUUUUUUAUUUGGAGUGUCUGAUUCCCUCAAGGUGAGGUACUUUUUACUGGCCACCGGAGGGCAAUAAAGAGACAGUUGGUUUUUGAA